CCGCAGCAGCGUCCUGUAACCCCCCCCCCCGCCGCUCCGGGCCCCGCCCCCUCGCCGGCCGGCCCCGCGUUGCCAUGGGGACACGCGCGGGGCCCGGCCCUGGAGGCCCCAAGCGGAGCCGCCGCCGCCCCGGCUCAGUGUCCUGAAGAGUACAACUAUGGGGAAGAAAGGGGACCGGGGGGCCAAGGAUAAAGUGGCUGGCGUGAGCCCUGAGGAGGAAGGAAAGAAUACGGCUAAAAGGACUGACCAACAUGGUGAAGAGGAAUACCAGUGCACUGGCCUCCUGGAGCAGGAUUUCAAUGAACUGUGCUCCCGCGCUGGACUCACCAAAAUCCCCAAGGUCACAGUUAGGCUGCAAUCUACCUGUAACCUCUUCCUGCCAGAGGAAAGCGACACACUGGCCGAGGAGGUCGUCCCAGCCAGCCUCACCCAGAUCCAGAGCAAGUACGCCUACUUCCAGCCCCGCAUCCAGACCGAGCUGGAGCAUGACGACCCCAAGAGCACCCGUGAGAUCUUCCUGCGAGGCUGGAAAAUCGAAGAGAGAAUGCUGGCUGUUUUCAGCAAGUGUCUGCCCGCCCUUGCCAACCUGCAGGCUGUUCACCUCUGGAAGGUCGGCCUGACAGACCUCUCGCUCCUCUCUCUGAUCGCUAUCCUACCAAACUGCCCCAAUCUCAAGACACUAACACUGGAGGGGAACCCGUUAGCCGAGGGGUCCUUCUACAGGCUGAUCGGAGAGGAGAGCACGCUGGCUCACGUGUCACUGAGAAACAAUAACAUCGGCAAUGCUGACGCCAAGCUGAUUGGCCAAGCCCUCUCCACGCUGAAGUCCUCCAACAAGAGCUUGGUCUCGCUGACCCUCAGCUUCAAUCACAUCUCAGACUUGGGAGCAGGAUACAUCGCAGAGGGCUUGCGGUUGAAUCGCUCUCUGCUGUGCUUGUCUCUGGCACACAAUCAGAUCGGAGACCAGGGAACACUCAAGCUUGCAGAGGUUCUCGGACCUUUCGCUUUAACUCACACCGAAGUCGUGGAGAGGAGGCGACUUUUACUGGAGAAGGAAUCCCAGGAGCGGUCCCGAUCGCCUCUGAGACAUGCAGAUGCCAAAAGCAGCGAGCGUCCCUCCAGCCUCUUCAGCAACAGCACCAUUGACAAGCUGCAGUCAGCCAAACAGAGCAAGAGCGGGUUCAAGAAAAAGGAGCCUUCAAAGAAAGAGGAGAAAGCUCAGGCCAACACUGCAGGUGGUGGGGGGGUCGUGGGCGGCCCAGCCUUUGUGCCUGCAAAGAAGGAGGAUGCUAAACAAGCCAAGAAAAUGGUUUCCACCCCGGAGCAAAAAGUUGUUCGAGGCAAAGGAACCAAAUCGGGCACCAAGGAGAAGCGCAGCCUGCUGCCAGAGUUGGAGGUGGUGGAGCCCACCGAGGUCGUGAAUCCACUGCUGGAACAGGCUGAACACCGCGACGGGAAGGUCUUCUUGCCUGGCAACCGUGUGCUCAUCAACUUAAACCUCACCUGGAACCAGAUCACAGAGCAGGGUCUGAAAGCGUUCCUGGCAGCCAUGGAGAGCCAGCAGCAGGCCAGCAAGUCCACGGCUAGGGUCAAGUCGCAGAUGGGCCUGCUGCGGCUGUCUCUGGGGAAAAACCGCUUCCCUCCCGACAGCAAGACCUUUGCCAAGCUCCAGGAGCUGAUGCUGCCGCGCGACCCCACCUACAGGCAGCUGUCCAAGGCGCCGGAUGAGGAGCUGGCUGUGCCCAGCUAGGGGUGGAAGGAGCAAAAGCCUCCACUUGCUCGAGAGCAGAAGAGUCCCACGGACCUGGAGAGCGCCGGGGCAGCCUUGUGUGGGAUUUCUGAUCCCCUCCGCCUCUGACCCAGCCCAGCCUGUAACCGUUCCCGCCUCCCAUUAAACAGCUUUGACA